AUGGUCGAUGGGGACAUUAGUGCCGAAGAAGGGAAAAUCCCUGAGAAACACUCGCGUUCUCCGGUACACAGAAUAAGAGACGGUAUAAGUCAUUAUCUGUUUUCCUCUUCAAAAAAGGGACCGUCACAACCGGUCAACCUUGUAGAUUCCGAAAAAGAAAGUAAAAUAGAUCAGCUGAGAACAUAUUUGGAAGAGCUUGGUCACCCAUUGGAGACGGCUCAAAUAGAGAAAUUACUAGAACAAAACUCUUGGAAUGUAUCCGAGGUUGCCGGGUAUUGUAGAGAUUUGGAGGAGGCCGAGGAAGGAUUGGUUUCGGAUAUACAAAAAACCAUU